CGCUUGAAAACUGCCGGACGCCGGCCGUUGCGGGCAUUUCUGCAUUCGAUGGCCAACAGGACCGGCAUCGAGGUUUCAUAGUGCAGUGAUAUAUUAUAGUGACAUGGUGGUGAACGGCAAUGGCAAUACGCCAAGGAAUAGUAUUGUGACGCCGAACGGGGCAACGCCUGUCAGAACUGAUAACGGCAAUGGCAGGACAAACUGGGACAAACUUAUAGUUGUAGAACAAAUGACUCAAGAGACUACAAAAAAAACACCAGCAGAAGUGGUGGAUAAAGCUCGAAACGCAUUCAUGAACGGAAAGUCUAAAAACUUGAAGUUCAGGGAAAUGCAGCUGAAGGGGCUACUAAACUUUUUGGUAGACUGCAACGCGAAAAUUGAGGACGCUCUAUAUAAAGAUCUCAGAAAACACAGACAGGAAUCAAGUUCGUGUGAAAUAGAAGUAGUGGCUAACGACUUAAGACAUACCAUUUUUGAAUUCAAGAAGUGGGCUAAACCUGAAAACCCCGAAAAAAGGCUAGUGAACAUUUUAGACGGUGUGCACAUUUACAAUGAUCCAUAUGGAGUUGUUCUGAUAAUCGGUGCAUGGAACUACCCUAUACUGCUAACAUUAGGUCCCCUAGUAGGCGCCCUUGCUGCUGGUAACUCAGUCAUCCUGAAACCUUCAGAGUUGGCACCAGCUACCGCGGAGCUAUUAGCUAACACCUUAACUAAGUUUCUAGAUCCAGAGUGUUUUCAAGUAAUACUCGGAGGUGUUGAAGAGACUACUGAAAUAUUAAGAGAAAAGUUUGAUUAUAUUUUCUUCACUGGAUCCACCACAGUUGGUAAAAUAGUCCAUCAAGCAGCUGCUAAACAUUUAACUCCAACUACCUUAGAACUAGGAGGAAAAAGCCCAGUAUAUAUCCACGAAUCAGCAGAUAUGGAAAAAACAGCUAGAAGAGUCAUAUGGGGCAGAAACCUUAACAGUGGACAGACUUGCAUUUCACCAGACUACAUUUUAUGUACGAAGGAAGUACAAGAACGUUUCUUACAACAGGCUAAAAAAGUGAUGCUGGAACUUUACGGAUCAGACCCAAAAGAGUCACCUUACAUUAGUAAGAUUGUAACUGAGAGGCAUUUCAAAAGGCUUUUGAACUUCAUCAAGCCAGAUAAGGUUGCUAUUGGUGGAAAAUUUGAUGCUUUAAAGCGAGUAAUCUCACCGACGCUUCUGAUCAACGUUAGUCCAAAUGACCCAGUUAUGUGCGAGGAGAUAUUUGGUCCAAUCUUACCUAUAAUCAACAUCAAGAGCCCUGAAGAGGCUAUUUCUUUUAUCAACGCAAGAGAAAAACCUUUAGCACUUUAUGUAUUCACAAAAGACAAAACCAUAAAAGAAAUGUUUUUGAAAAAUACUUCUUCAGGAGGAGUAACCAUAAAUGACACAAUAACUCAUAUCAUCACUGAGAAUCUACCAUUUGGAGGGGUAGGAGCUAGUGGUAUGGGAGCCUACCAUGGGAAAAGAGGUUUUGACACGUUUACACACAAAAAAGCGGUACUGGUGAAGGACUUUGCACCAUAUACUGAGCUAGCAUUGUCACUGAGGUACCCGCCUUAUAGCGACACGAAAACGGACAUCAUGAACUUUUUGUUGAAGAAACGAAAAGGCAUACCGAUGACUUAUUUCAAAACUAUAUUUAUUUUCAUUCUUGGUAUACUUUCAGCGAUCCUCUUUCAGUAUGUUCGAAAAGCUAUAGCUGGUGAAGAUGUCAAUGAUUAGGUUAGAUUUUAACACUAUACAGGGUAUCAAAAUAGAACUGCAGCGAUCAAUUACUCAAAAAUGUACGUAAGACAGUUAUGAAAGUUUUUGUUAAUUAUUGCGCUAGCUUUGCAAGUGAAGUGAGACAAUCCAAACAGACGUGACGGACAGAGAGCGCUUGAAGGCAACCCUCCUCUCGUUCACCAAAGGAUUUUGUUGGUUAAUACAGGAAGCACGGAUUCUUUUCAAUGAAAAACUCCCAUUAAAUUCAUAACAUGGACAAUUAUGGUACCUAUACUAAAUCAUAUAAUAUAAACAAACUAUUAUCUUAACUGCGGACUGAAUCACCACCAGAGCUAAGAAUUUCACCAGUCAAUGAAGUGUACGAAUUAUAAAGAAUAACUCCGGAAAUACAACUUAGAAGUCCGCUCGUAAGCCUGGGAUUGCCUUGCGGGUAACCACCGCCCUUCUGUUGCUACGGCACCUUGUGCAACCCCCGUAGGUUUGAACAUCUGCUCGAUGUGAGAGCCAAGCCAACGCCGUGAACUAUGACCAGGCCUUGGCAAGAUGGCGGACCACGCCGCCCGACCACAAUUAGGGUUGCUCAAUUUGACCACGAACUUUAUCUAUAGGCCGUUGGCUAUCCCCGAAAGCAAACAUACGAGUAGUUACCUCGUUAAGCAUCCUGGCUAUAUGUUGGCUAAGGGAUACAGACUGACCACCUGUACAGUGUGAGUACAAAGAAAACUGUGAUCUGCUGUAGAUGCCCAUUCGCUCUCUUACGCUGAAUCUGUUAGUUGAGCCGUUUGAGUUAACCAAUCGGGGUCGAGCUGUCCGGUCUCGAUUCCGAGCCACAAAAUUUCUUAGUCCAGUCGAACUAGGAAAUUUUGAGAUAAUAUUGUGGUUGCCCAGAGAUGAGGCAGUCAAAUCAGCGAAUGCCCAGCUGACUUCAGAGUUCAAAAAGAGCACCUGAGCUAACCUUGAUUAGAAGAACGAAACAUGUUUACAGUUUGCUGACAUGAGUCACCGCAAGAAUACAAUCGUUGUAUCUACUGCUGAUGUCUGCCGUCACAGCUCAGCUAAGAUUAGCGUGUUGGUAAUGCAAUUGAGAUGAGGUGAAAAAGGAACACCACCUCACUUAAAUUGAUUUUUAUUAAAAAAGGUAUGUGCAAUGAACUUAGAAAACUGAAUUGAGGUGAGCUAUAAUUGUGUGAAAAACAAACGCAACGUGCAAAACAGAUGCAUGAAAUUUGUCUAAAACUUCCAGUUGUACCCCAAGUAGAUACCACCUUGUUUAUUUUAAAUAGAUCUCCCUGUAUAUUACUCAAUUUUUUGUUUUUACGUGGGAUUCUAAACACAGUUCAUGUCUAAACGUGAUUGUGAUUUUUUCAAGUUUUGCGUAAAAACGACAUUUGCAGGCCAAUGAAUUAUAACAAUUACUUUUUCUCGCAUCUUUGCUUUUGCUAUAUGAUUUAUAACGGGUUUCUUAUAGUAGGUAACCUAUUUCAAUAGAUUGUAUUGCUGAUUUGGAUACAAAUAGUAGCAGAUGGUCAAAUAAAGAGAAUGAAAAUUAGAUUUUACAAAACCGAGAAAGUCAACUAUUUCAAAUGGAAACCACUUUUUAUAAUUUCAUCGUAUUAGGCAUUGAAUAUAAGGCUAGUUUUAUAUAAGGUUGUCCACAUGGCAAAUUAGUAGGUUUCGAUCUAUAUUGAAACAUUGGUUUUGCUUUUGUUUCAGUGCUCCAUAAGGCUUUUUAUCUGUGACGGUUAGAUUAAGUAUAAGAUAAUAUACAUGAAAUAUACCUAGAAUCUCGCAUAAAAUCCAAAAAUUGAAUACCUACUAUCAAAAGUGUGCACCAUUUUGAAAGUAUGUCAACCAAAUUGCUCACAUCAGUUAUAUCUUAAGCCAUCAUAAAUGUCUUACGUCAACUUUUUGAGUAAGCAAUCGCUGCAAUUCUACGUGGAACACCCUGUAUAUAGAAUGUGUUUCAGUUAACGGAGUAAGUACCCCUGCUGAAUUGAGAAUUCUUGCACUCUAGUGGUCACCAAAUAUUACCGAAGCUCACCAUAGUGGGAGAUGUUCUGGGACAUAUUAAGGCUUAGAUGACUCCAAAGAUAUCAGCAUCUUAUACCUCGAAAACGCAUUUCAUCUGUCACAUGACAAUUGUGCUCUUCUCAGAACUGACUCGAUCACAAGUCUCACAUAUUGCAAUAAUUAUUAGGAACAUGGGCGCGCGCAGGAAUUUUUCUCAGUGGGGGCGAUAUUAAUUUUUGUGAAAGUGAACAUGAACCAAAACUUUAUUGUAGGUAGCAAAUUUUCUCGAGGGGGUCAAAUCUUGAAAAUUUUACACAAAACCAUGUUAAAUAGGUAAAUGUUAAGGUCCAACCGCAUUCAAGGGAGGCACGUCCCUGCGAGCGCCCAUGACUAGGUAAAAUUUUGUCACCACCUACCUGUACCUGUGAUAAAUAUGUUUCUGAGCCAUCAAGUUGUACAAGUAUUAUUUUUCAUAAAAAUUAAAUAGCUUAGAUUCAUAACUUGUUUUAUUAGUAAUAUACAUACAUUGUCUUCCACU